GCAAAGUCAAACACAAACGUCUUCUCCUUUUUAAAUCAAUCAUGAAUUCUGCAUCUCACUCUCCACUUACAUACAACCUUUCUUCUUCUAAAUUAAAUUAAUCGAUUCGUAGAUAAAAAUAAACGAUGGAUCAGUUCCACCCAAGACCAGCCAAUUCUAGUCCACUUACUCCCCUUAGCUUUCUUGACCGGUGUGCUACCGUAUACGGCGACUGUCCUUCAGUCGUAUACGGUAACACGAUCUACACAUGGACAGAAACCCGACAAAGGUGUCUUCGGGUGGCUUCUUCGAUCUCCAAACUGGGAAUUAAGAGACAAGAGGUGGUUUCUGUUAUUGCUCCAAAUGUUCCUGCUAUGUAUGAGCUUUACUUUGCUAUACCCUUCGCUGGAGCGGUUAUUAAUUCGAUUAAUACUCGUCUUGAUGCCCGUACCGUUUCGGUUAUCCUCGCACACAGUGAAUCGAAGCUUGUGUUUGUGGAUUAUGAUUCAGUUUCUGUUGUUCGUAACGCACUCUCUAUGUUUCCGCCCAAUAAGCCCAAACCGUUGCUUGUCCUCGUUAUUGACGAGGGAGUAAAGAUUCAAGAUUCAACAGGAUUCGAAUGUACUUAUGAGAGUAUGUUGGAAAAUGGUGAUCCGAAUUUCAAUUGGAUCAGACCUGUAUCCGAAUGGGAUCCUAUCACACUGAAUUACACCUCCGGCACGACGUCGUCUCCGAAGGGAGUGGUUCACUGCCACCGUGGCAUGUUCGCCAUCGCGGUUGACUCUCUUAUCGAGUGGUCAGUUCCUAAGCAACCCGUUUACUUAUGGACUUUGCCUAUGUUUCACGCCAACGGAUGGAGCUACACAUGGGGCAUGGCGGCGGUCGGAGCCACCAACAUCUGCCUACGCAAAUUCGACACCACAAUCAUCUACGACUUGAUUGAUAAACACGGCGUCACACAUAUGUGUGGAGCUCCAGUUGUUCUUAACAUGUUAUCGAACGCUCCCGAUGUGAAGCCGUUAAAAAAUCCGGUUAAUAUUAUGACGGCGGGAGCGCCUCCGCCAGCGCCAGUGCUGGCCCGGGCGGAGUCUAUCGGGUUUGUUAUUAGUCAUGGGUAUGGGUUAACGGAAACGGGUGGGUUGGUAGUGACAUGUGCGUGGAAGCGAAAGUGGGACCGCUUUCCGGCUACGGAGCGAGCUAGGCUAAAAUCGCGACAAGGGGUGAGAACGGUUGUAUUUACGGAUAUGGAUGUUGUGGACCCCGAGUCGGGAGUUAGUGUGACUCGGGACGGGUUGACUCUAGGGGAAGUGGUGUUACGCGGUGGGUGUGUUAUGUUGGGUUAUUUUAAAGAUCCGGAAGAGACCGCGAAAAGCAUGCGGGAAAACGGGUGGUUUUAUACUGGUGACGUGGCGGUAAUGCACCCGGACGGGUAUUUGGAGAUCAAGGACCGAUCGAAAGACGUGAUUAUUAGUGGUGGAGAGAAUUUGAGUAGUGUGGAGGUGGAAUCGGUUUUGUACACGCAUCCGGCGGUGAAUGAGGCGGCGGUUGUGGCGAGGGCGGAUGAAUUUUGGGGAGAAACGCCGUGCGCAUUUGUGAGUUUGAAGGCGGAGAUGGCGGGGAAGGUGACUGAAAAAGAGGUGGUGGAUUAUUGUAAAGGCAAGUUGCCGGGAUAUAUGGUGCCGAAAACGGUGGUGUUUAAAGAAGAAUUGCCGAAAACGUCAACUGGAAAAAUUCAGAAGUUUGUUCUUCGUGAAAUGGCCAAGAAAAUGGGGACAAUAAGGAAAAGUCGUAUGUAAAGUUUAGAUUGUUUAAACUAUUUAUAAAAUCUUACUAUUUUGUAUUUUGGUGUCUUUGUGACUUAACUCAGUGCAAAACGCGUAUGAGGUUCAACGUUUUUACGUCUAUUUUUCGUUGUUUAAUGGCUCUGUUACAAUGGGCGAGCCCUAGGUAGACUUAGUUAUUUUUGUUCUAUAUUUUACGUUUUGAUUUAACUGUUA